ACAUGGGGCUCACCAAAAAGGAGGGUGACCGGAAGUGCCCGCCCUCCAUACUGAGACCGCACCCCCCAGGGUGUGCACCCCACGGGGCACCGAGGACGCCGAAGCACGUGCAGUUCCGAGAGCCGCUGGAAGUGGCCGUCCACUAUAUCUCCAGGAGAGAAGCCUCAGACACCAUCAACGGGCCCAGCCGGCCAACAGCCCGCAGCCGCGGUCCGCGCCGGCGCAGGCUCCAGGGCGGCUCCCUGCUCCUGCGCCUGUCUGUGUGUGUCCUGCUCGCGGCGGCGCUGGGUCUGUGCUGCAGGCAGGCCAAGCCCAUCGCCGGGGCCCUGGAGGACCUUCGGGCCUGGCUCCUGGGCCUUGGCCUGCGCCUGUGGCGCGUGGCCCUCUCCUGCUGGCACUGUGUCCUGCAGCUCUGA